UCAGCUGUUCACCUCCAGAAGCCGGGCCCAAGCCUAGGUGAACGACUGCACCUCACUCCGCCCCCUGCGCCAUUUUAUCGCCCCCUCCCCGACCUCCCCCACCGCGAGGCUGCCGGGCCAGCGCCAGGGGGAGGGCAAACAGGCAGUGAUUGGCAGGAAACCGCCCCGCCUCUCAGAAGGUUGUGCCCCGCGCAGGCGCCGCAGCUCCGCCCUCCGCACCGCUUACCCCACCUACUGGCUCCACCCCUUUUCGUCUCAUCGACCGGCUCGACUUUUCGCUGCUCCUGACUCUUUCCUGGCUGCUGGUAGGAGGACAAGGGUCCAGGCCGAGCAAGCCGAGCGACGAGUUCAGCUGAUGCAACCUAACCGGACCUGCGUGACAGUUCCCGGCACGCGGCGGCGGCGGCGACCGAGAAAGGGGCGCGAGUGCUGGGCUCAGGGCGGGAGACGGAGGGGACAGAGCCAUGGGGGACGCUCUGAGCCCUGAAGAGAAGCUGCACCUUAUCACCCGGAACCUGCAGGAGGUUCUCGGGGAAGAGAAGGUGAAGGAGAUACUGAAGGAGCGGGAACUUAAAGUUUACUGGGGGACAGCAACCACAGGCAAACCACAUGUGGCUUACUUUGUGCCUAUGUCUAAGAUCGCGGACUUCCUGAAAGCAGGAUGUGAGGUAACAAUUCUGUUUGCGGAUCUUCACGCGUACCUGGAUAACAUGAAGGCCCCAUGGGAACUUCUAGAACUCCGAACCAGCUAUUAUGAGAAUGUGAUCAAGGCAAUGCUGGAGAGCAUUGGGGUACCCUUGGAGAAGCUCAGGUUCAUCAAAGGCACUGAUUACCAGCUCAGCAAAGAGUACACGCUAGAUGUGUAUCGCCUCUCCUCCGUGGUCACACAGCAUGAUGCCAAGAAAGCAGGAGCUGAGGUGGUGAAGCAGGUGGAGCACCCUCUGCUGAGUGGCCUGCUGUACCCAGGCCUGCAGGCCUUGGAUGAAGAGUAUUUGAAAGUAGAUGCCCAAUUUGGAGGAGUUGACCAGAGAAAAAUUUUCACCUUUGCGGAGAAGUACCUCCCUGCACUUGGCUACUCAAAACGGGUCCACCUGAUGAACCCUAUGGUUCCAGGAUUAACUGGCAGCAAAAUGAGCUCUUCUGAAGAGGAGUCCAAGAUAGAUCUCCUGGACCGGAAAGAGGAUGUGAAGAAAAAACUGAAGAAGGCCUUCUGUGAGCCGGGGAAUGUGGACAACAACGGCGUUCUGUCCUUCAUCAAGCACGUCCUCUUUCCCCUCAAGUCUGAGUUCGUGAUCCUUCGAGAUGAAAAAUGGGGUGGAAACAAAACCUACACAGCUUACUUGGACCUGGAAAAGGACUUUGCUGAUGAGGUUGUGCACCCUGGAGACCUAAAGAAUUCUGUUGAAGUCGCCCUCAACAAGUUGCUGGAUCCCAUCCGGGAAAAGUUUAAUACCCCUGCACUAAAGAAACUGUCCAGCGCUGCCUACCCAGAUCCCUCGAAGCAGAAGCCAGUUGCCAAAGGCCCAGCCAAGAAUUCAGAACCAGAGGAGGUCAUCCCAUCCCGCCUGGAUAUCCGUGUGGGGAGAGUCAUAAGUGUGGACAAGCACCCGGAUGCAGACAGCCUGUAUGUGGAGAAGAUUGAUGUGGGGGAAGCUGAACCACGGACUGUGGUGAGUGGCCUGGUGCAGUUUGCGCCCAGGGAGGAACUGCAGGACAGGCUGGUGGUGGUGCUGUGCAAUCUGAAACCCCAGAAGAUGAGAGGAAUCGAGUCCAAAGGCAUGCUUCUGUGUGCUUCUAUAGAAGGGGCAAGCCGCAAGGUUGAGCCUCUGGACCCUCCUGCCGGCUCUGCUCCUGGUGAGCGAGUGUUUGUGAAGGGCUAUGAGAAAGGCCAACCAGAUGAAGAGCUUAAGCCCAAGAAGAAAGUCUUUGAGAAAUUGCAGGCUGACUUCAAAAUUUCUGAGGAGUGCAUCGCACAGUGGAAGCAAACCAACUUCAUGACCAAGCUAGGGUACAUCUCCUGUAAAUCACUGAAAGGGGGGAACAUCAGCUAGCCAACCUGGCGUCUUCCUUCCUUCUCUCAUCAUCCUGAGUCAUCUGCUGUCUCCUUAAUUUGCUCCAUCCAUCAUCUGCUUACCCAUCUCCCAGGACACUGAAGCAGGAAGUUUGGGACUCUGUGAGGUGCAAGACUCGGUGAGGUGCAGCUCAGCCUCCCCAGGAUCCAGGAUCAUCCUGUCUGGCUGCAGGGAAAGGCUGACCUCCCGGGUAGUGAUGAGCACGGGGCAAUGCAGGGAGUGCAGCCCUACCUUCUUCCCUUGGCAGCUGACCUGACAAAUCUGGUUUCAAUAUGAUGUUAACUCAGAAAAAGUUUAUGCCAUAAUCCUUGUAACUGGAAAAAUAUUGGUUUCCAGUUUUCUUAGCGUUAUCCCAGCAGCUAUGCCUCUGGCUGGGAUCUGGUGCCUGAACUGGGCUAAUUACAGCCUCUCCCCAACAGGAAACUGUGGGUUUGAAAAGGGAAGGGAAGGGAAAACAGAGAACCUAGUGGUCUACCAAGUGGUUGGCACCUUUCCCGAAUGCUUGCCAACCCUGAGGCUUGUCGCUGGGGGCAGAGCCUGCCCCAGGACUCCUGGAUUGCCCUUUGAUCCUGCUGGGGGGACACUCCCUAAACCAGCUGCGUGUUAUCAGACGGCACAGCCUGGUUCUUUCUUCAGGGAGGGUGCGGUGCUUCUCCAUAAGGCAUCUCAAUCAGGACCACUAAGCAUCAUUGUCAUAAAUUCAAAUAAAAUGUCUGAACAAGG